AUGGGAAGACCGAGAAAGCGGCAAUUCAUCGAAACUACUAGAGAUGAACCCAUCAAUGUACAUGGCCAGCUACAAUCUCUUCCCGAUGAUGGCACAUUACCCCCUUUCUUUGGCGAUGAACUUGAAAAUUUCGAUGGUGCCAACUUUACCGAACCAUAUUUUGCCGGUUCGAAUUUCAAUGAAUCUGGAAAUGCCCAACAAUUUACACAAGCUCUUCCUCUGGACACCUCAAAUCCUCUUUGGGCCUCGGACGCGGAGGGCGGCCAGGGUAUAUGGCAAUUCGAGGAUGCCGAUAUACUAGGUGACCCUCCUAUCGAUUUCAAUAAUACAGAUAUGCAUAAGUCUAGUGAAACCCAUCCAUUAGCCAACCAAGUGCUUGAACCAUCAACAGGAGCAAAUCUUUCAUCUUCCUCGCCUAAGAGAAGUGAUGGCCCAUCUCAAGUUUUAGGCGAUAAGUGCAGCUGCUUAUCAUCAAUGUAUUUGUCACUUUCAGCACUGCAACAGUUCCCAAGUGAAAUUGAUGAAGCUUUAAAGGUCGUUCGUGGCGCCAGUCUUGUGGCAUCAAAAGCCAUUUGGUGCCCCUCAUGUGGUGCGAUAGCUUUAAAUUCGCCUACACCUCCUAUUGAAGCAUUCCAAAACACGAUGCUUAUUGGAACCAUAUUACCUAUCAUAGCCAAUGGGUACGGUCGCUUAUUGAAGAUGGUUGAUGAAGCGACUGCCGUGGCCAUUGCCAAAGGUCAAACCAAAAUCUUUAGAUGUGGUGAUUCCGAUGGAUUAUAUGAGCACCAGAAGCCAUUUGAUCAGGCAGCAAAUUUUAUCUAUGAAGUAUUCCCUAUGGCAGGCAGAGAAAUGCAACCGGCAGAGUGGCGAACUGCCGUGAGAGCUUUAUUGCGAGGCGACAUUUAUGGUCAGGAGCAACCUGGAUACAAGUAUAAAGGGCUAAGAGAUAUCAUCUCCGAGAUGGAGCAACGACAGAACGCUCGUCAUAACAUAUUGGAUGCACAAGUAGCAGCUGGUGUGCGAUCCCUGAAACAUGACCACUUUCCGGAUUUGAAGACCGCAGAUUCGGCCGCUAAACAAUGCAAUGGAGAUAGAACAAGAACUUGUUUGGAGAUUCUCAAAAUAGCUAAGAUGGCUGUAGAUAGCAUUGUUAUUGCAUAA